AUGCGGAUCACCCACCGACCCUCUCUGCUCAGCUCCGGCAGCACCCGAGUGACCGCAGCUCGGUACCGGGCCUCCGAGAAGGACGCGAACGUUUCUUUUCCCUUCCCAAUCAUGUUGAACUCUCUGCACAAGUACGAGCCAAGGAUUCAUAUAGUGCGAGUGGGUGGCCCGCAGCGGAUGAUCACCAGCCAUUCCUUCCCGGAGACCCAGUUUAUAGCCGUGACGGCCUACCAGAACGAGGAGAUCACAGCUUUAAAAAUUAAAUACAAUCCAUUUGCAAAGGCGUUUCUUGAUGCAAAAGAAAGAAGCGAUCACAAAGACAUGAUGGAGGAAGCGGGAGAGAACCAGCAGUCUGGGUAUUCGCAGUUAGGUAGUUGGCUUAUUCCUGGGACUGGGACUCUGUGCCCACCUGCCAAUCCUCACCCCCAGUUCGGAGCCCCCCUGUCGCUCUCCCCUGCUCACAGCUGUGAAAGGUACUCAUCGCUGAGGAACCACCGUCCUGCCCCCUACCCCAACCCCUACACCCAUAGAAACAACUCGCCAACAGCCUACGCCGAUAACUCCUCUGCCUGCCUUUCCAUGCUGCAGUCCCAUGACAACUGGUCUUCUCUAGGAGUUCCCGCACACACGACGAUGCUGCCCAUGAGUCACAGCACUGGCACAGCUACCAGCUCCAGUCAGUAUCCUAACUUGUGGUCUGUGAGUAACAGCACCAUCACGCCGGUGUCUCAGUCGAGCGGGAUGUCCAAUGGCCUGAGCUCCCAGUUUUUGCGUGGCUCUCCAGCGCACUACACGGCCCUUCCGCACCCGGUCCCCGCCACCUCCUCCGCCUCCCCCCUGUAUGACGGCGGGGCGCCCACGGACCUGCCCGACAGCCAGUACGAUGCCUCCGCACAUGCCAGGCUAGCAUCCACGUGGACGCCUGUCACCCCCCCUUCCAUGUAA